AUGAAUAUAACAUUGAUUGACUCGUGCAUUAAGACAAGCGAGAUGUCAAAGCGAACGGUUGUUAACGAGGUUUACAAAGGCCUGGUGGAGUCGAUGAGCAUCCCAGUGGAACUUCACGAGAGGGACGGCAGAAAGUUUGCCCGUUUCGGGUCAGUGGUGGCGAUCCAUUGCUGCACCCCGGAAGAGGUUAAAGAGCGUUCCUUGAACACUCAUCACUACUGCGAUGUCUUCACAGAGCAGCUUCUGGCGCCUCUGGGAGAGCUUGCAUAUGUUCGACUCGACGAAAGCACCGCCGAAAAGGUAUUCUUGAACCGUAGCAAGCGAAUCCUAAUGGUUUCCAGCGACGGGCAGCUUGCGCAGUGGAGGUGCGCACCCACAUUCGAGUCGGCGAACCAUUAUAUCGCUGGUACGCCGAUUGUUAACAAAGACGGAGCGCUUGUUUCGAUAGUGACGGCUAGGAGAGGAAAUCACUACGCCGUUUCCGCUUUUGAAGGCGAAGGCGGGUACUUUGAAACACCGUUGCCCUGGGAAAAAGUUCACCCGAUGGAAGGCGAACUAGUCUACGGCGAUCAAACCUUCUCAUCGCGGGAGGCGUUGCAUAGCUACAUUGCGUCCUUACCGCCACCCGAGGUGUCAGCUGAACUGCCAGUACGACCAGUUUUAUUGACAGGAGUCACGCCGCGUUUGACCUUGAUCACUCAUAACGGACGUCAAAUCGCUCAUUAUUAUCUAAAUGGAGUUCACGCUUCGGAUGUGCAAUACCUU